ACAAUCACCGACUUCCCAGUGCCUGCUCUUUGUUAUCGUCGCGUCGCGCGGGAAGAAUUUCUACACUACUGGGCCUUGCCGCCCUGCGCGCAGAAGUGCAAGUUACUUCGACUCUUCGAUCCACGGGUUAAGAGACCCUACGCGAUCAGUUGAUCAUAGGUUGUCGACAAUGUCACAAUACCCGUAUCCGUUCGGCUACAGCCAGUAUUACGGUCAGCCCGUGGAGCAACCGUACGGCUACCAGAACUAUCCGGGCUACGCUGCUCCAGCACCUAACGCAUCCAUCAAUCCCGCAGCUGCUCAGAUAUAUCGAGACUUUUCUCAGGCAGCUUACAAUUCCAAUGCGACGAACAUCCCGGGGCUUGGGGUAGGAGGUUUGCCGGCGCCUGGUGGCACCCACCACAGCCUCACACCUGGUACUGCGCCGUGGGUCCAACCGCCUAACUUCACGGCGCCGGGAUCUAGCGUUCCUUUACCGCAGACCUACGGGACUGGCUCUUUUGACCAGCAACGUUCCCAAGCCGGCCUCGCCACCAGCAGUUCGGGGGGUAAUGGGAAGCCACCGAGCCAACCUGCUCCGGCACUGGCUCUGUCAACUGCCGAUGCUGAGGUCGAGGAGGGCGAGCUGAGCGAGGGACAAUUUGAAGAUUUGUAUGAGCCUAGGGAAUCUGUCCCUGUUGAGCACAGAGAACGGGUUGCGAAGCUUCCACUGGUUACAGAGCCGAGUCAACCGAUGAGCGCAGCUGAUACGCCCGAGGGGAACUUCUAUGCAACCGACGAAGAUGACGGUGGGAAGGACUCCAAGGCUCAGGAGGGUCGUGAGCAGUCUGCGUCUUAUUCGCCGUUCCUCUCUCCGCGAGAGAUCGAGAGCGAGAUCCCAACACCGCCUCACGUGGCAGACAAGGAAUCACAUUCAAGCGUAACUAGGACGGAAGUGAAGGUUCCGGACCCAGGUGUCCCAGGUCUGCAACAUGCGAUACAUCCGCCUACGAGCAAUGGUCCCACUCAGUCGACCAUGCCUACGUCUCGUGCUUCAAAAGACUCUUCAAGUUCCUUCAAAUCGGUGCAGGAAGCCAAGAAGGAAGCGCAAAAAGCAAUUCUACGUCUUUGGCCAUUAGGCAUCAAAUAUCAGAACUAUAUCGAUGAGGGGUUCGACGAGAACUUGAUCAAGGGACUUUUCCGCGAUCUUCACCUCGACAUGCCGAAGGACGUCGAUGAGUCCAACCCUACACAUCCGAAAGAGACAGAACCGCGCCAGGGUGGGAACCCCGCGUCAAGCAAACCAGACGGAGCCCCCGAUAUCCAACCGCUACAGUCAGCUCCUUCCCCGAAGGAGUCACACUCUUCCAUGCCUAAUCAGCCAGGAAAGGGCGAGGAGAGGAAGGACCGCAUCGCACGGCUCCUUGCCGCAAAGGCUGCUAAGGCGCCAGCAGUGCCGAAGCUGCCAGCUCCCGCUGCGACCCCGACGACCAACCCGAAGGUGACGGAGGCCCAGUCGCAAGAGACUGCGCCAGCACCGUCAAAUUUGCCGCCGAAGAGCAAGACUUGGGGCGAGAAAGAACGGUUGAUUCAGCAGAAAAUAGCAGCUUUGCAGAAGUCUCGAGAAGCGCAAGCCCAGAAAUCCACAACCGACAAGGCUGACCAGGAAGCCAUGCAAGUGGGCAAGAACGGGACCCCUGCGCCUCAAGCAACGACAACAGGAAGCCCCGCUUCUUUCUCUAUUCCCACCGGUCCGAAAGCGGCAGGCGUUUCUGUAGUCGCUCCUAGCGUCCCAACCCAGAGCCAGGUGCAGCCCCCCAACGCUCAAACGAAUCCUUCAGCCCAGCGAAAGCGCCCGGUGGCAGCGGAUUUUGUCGAACAUUCAUCAAUCCCGGCUUCGUUCAAGCGUCCUUUUGGCCAGGUUCGCCAGGAAACUUCUCUCAUUAUCGACGUCAGUGAUCAAUCCGACGAUGAAGAAAUGGACAUGGACAUGGACAUGGGAUCUCCAGUCGAUGAGCCGCCAACUUCAACCCAAUCUAGUGGGAUUUUCGGCCAGCGUGGGCCGGCCAUCCGUGACUUUCCACCCCUUACAGAUACUUUCUCGCCACGUCAGUUUUCAAGCCCUGCGCCUUCUUUAACUCCGCCUGGUGGCCUGGUUGGACACAACAAAAAGCGAGAGACCGAACUGGAUCUAAAGGAAAAGGCGAUACAGGAGAUGAGACGGAAGAUCGCGCUUGCGGAGGCCAGGCGAAAAGCGAAGCAGUCUUCGGGUGGCUCAGUGACGCCAAAGCAGUGUGGGUCGGCGUCCGGGCCUAAGGAUAUUGAGACUGCUCGGCCAUCGGAAGCCGGACGGACCGAGUCGCAGUGUAGCAAUGAUCAUUUAGAUGGGGCUUCUCCACAGCUCACGCCGGAGCCGUCAUCAAUCAGGCAGUCUAAGUCAUCCGAGACGCCGCGCCUGGAUCCAUUGGAACGAGCAGAGCGACGCGGCCGGAUCAUGAGUCUCGAGAUCCCGCGGAUCGAUUCCUCUCUCCAAGAGAAGUUGAACCGUCUACAGCAACUGGAAGCAGAGCAAGCACGACUGAAGGCCGAGAUCGACAGAAGCUUUGAGGAAAAGCAGAAGUUGGCUGAUGAGUUACAACAGCUUGACACCAGUCAAAUGGAGAGUUCGCAGCCUAACGGGCUCGGUACAGAAGAGCUGGGUGCUCAACAACAAGCAAAGCCUUCUGUUCCUGAAACUGAGGGAGCUUCAGGCCACAUCGAAACCGGGUCGUCCUCGCCGUCUCCCUCCGCAUCUGAUAGAAGUCAAGGAACCAGGGCCGGGUUGACGGAUGGAGGCAGGUUAUCUCACAAACUGCCGCAAGGAGAGCCCUCUUCGGCCACUGAUAUCAACGUGGAGGAGGUCACCACCGAGGCUGUCGGCGUGAGCGCUGACACGGGGCCCCAGGCUCCCGCCAAUCGUGCCCCAGAACUCGGAACAGACACCGAGACCUCGUCAGCAAAGGCUGAUACCUCUCCUCGUGGAUGUUCUACGGAAUGUUCGGUUCUAUCGCCGGGAUCAAGACAGCCGAUUGGAAACAGUGUUACUGGUCUCGGCAUGCCUGAACAAGUGGAGGUUACAGGACUGGACGAGACGACACCAAUGGAACUAGAUUCCAGAUCGCCUAGCCCGGGGAUAGCGGAAGCCCCUAGCAUUGUCGAUGCCGAGGAUGUAACGAAGGGAGCCGAUGCAAGUCAGCGCUCGGUUCCACUGCCAGACCAGAUUUCGAGCGUUGGGCAGCCUCGCGAAGCGAUGCAAGAAAUUGAGACGGAGGUUGCAGGACAAGCGCACGACCAGGUACCAUCAAGCCCCAAGAGUACACUUACACCUUACGAGAGCCCGCUUCGCUAUUUCCACGCCUACCGAUUUCACCCAGAGUACCAGCGUGUAGUUGCCGGGGGCCUGAAAUCUCUAACUUACACCAACAGAAUUGACGCCGACAAAGAAUUCUGUCCGUUCGAGCUGAAUGGGGAACAGUGCCCCCCCAAUUGCGAGUACCAGCACUUUGGAUCCAUCGGCGUUGCCGAUGAUGAAAUCCUCCUGGAACUUGGUAAUCCCGACGGCUACAGCGGCAACGAAAAGAGCCGUUUCAUCCAGGGCAUGCGGGAGCUUGUCCAGAAGUUCAAGGCGGGCAAGGUUAAGGACUUCGAAACAAUAGCCCGCGAGAUUCUUGAGGUCCGCUCUCAGCUGCUCGGGGACAAAUCCAAGGUGCUCCGCUUGGAAGGAGUCACAAUCUAGUUCGACCCCUACUACCGACCAGUACCCGAACUUGAAGUCAGCUUCACGUCGCUUUUCCUUACGUCGUGCUUGCCCGAC